AUGGAGGGCUUCGAUACUAUGGCUAUGCCUUACCUGGCCAGCCCGCUGUCGCUCGGUAAUAUACAAAGCGCCGAUUACCUCAAUUCAAUGUCCGGCAUGGAUCUUCCAGACCAACGUUCCACAUUUGACUCCGAAACUUUUGUUAGUGGCGACGAUAUAUCUUUCCCUCAGCAUGCUUUACCUUCGUCAUCGUUGAAACGGUUCCCUCCUGGCUAUGAAGACCCCUUCACGGACAUUGUCGCCCCAUUCGAACCUGCGCCCCCCGAGCAGCCCCCUGACUCGUCUAUCGAUCACAACAAUAAAUUGCUGAGCUUCUCAAUGCCUGCGUACGGGUUUACGCUGCUUGAUUACUCACUACGGCGCACAUCAAUAUCGCUCUCGGCUCAGCUGCAUGGCAUGUUUUUUCUUGCGGAGUCACCUUGGACCACAUCCCCUACAGAAAAUGCCCCGCCUCAACAAGGAGCGGAGCUGACGUGCUACCGCCGGAAUCUGUUCCAGAUUACUGGCUCAGUCACCCUUCCACGAAGCCUACGCUACUUAAUGACGGAACAAGGCGAUCGGAUCCCUAUUCUGGCGCAAGAGCUCACCGUGUCUGCCACCGAAUCUGUCGAAGGCAAUCCGGUUAAGAUCAUCUCGGUUCCUUGGAAGACCCCCGCCGCGAAUAUAAAUCCUGCGGCUGAAGAUGGAAACAAUGCUAGUAACGGGGGCGGCGGCAAUACCCACAACAACACUACUGUUAAAGUUGAAAAAGAGCCCCCUCCGAUUCCGUUGGAUAUUAUGGCUGGACAGGACCUCGACACCGACUAUGCCACCUUCCCCAUCGCAUGGAAGCGGCUUCAAUUCCGCGUUGCUACCGCCAAUAACGGACGUCGCAAAGAGCUUCAGCAGCACUUCGUCAUUCGCCUAAAGGUUGUCGCCACGUUGUCCACUGGUGCUAAGAUACCCAUCUGCGAGGUACAGUCAGGACCCGUAAUAGUCCGGGGACGGAGUCCCCGCAACUUCCAGUCUCGCAAGGACCUGCCUUUGAGUGGCAGCGCUGCUGCAUCGCGGAAGAAUGCGCAAGCCGCUCACUCAGGCUCUGUCAACCGGACUCCAGCCAACGACACUACGCCGCAUUCAAGCCUAACACCGGCGGCUAAGGCCAAAGUCACAGUGAAGAGCAGCUCCCCGGAGACGUCCGUUUCUCAAGGUGGUAUAGCUGCACAACAAGCUUCCCCGGAUUGGACACAUAUUCCGCCUCCUGUUGGUGGUGCAAUUCCCUCUGCGACUCUGCCUCACUCGAGCGUAUACUCUCAGUCUAGUCCGGAGUUUUCACGGCCGCCAGAGGUCCCGCGGCACCCGGCCACGGUAACCGCUCCCAUAAACUUAUCCCUUCUCGAAGAUGAUGAUGGCAACGAAUCGGUCAACCUGGCUGAUCCUGCCCAGUCAGCGUCCUCGUAUACACAUGAUAUAUCACACAAGAUUUUGAACGUGGAAAGUUCUGCACCGCCGACCAAAAUGCGCAAGUUGUCCCAUGGCUUACCUGAAGCACCAUCGCGAAGCACCUCUUCAUUACCAUUACUGAAUACCACCAACAUGCAGCAGCCCUUCGCUUCAACACUCCCAUUUCCAAAUGAGAGUGCCGACCUACUAUACGAGUAUUUUCCCUUAGGCCUGGAUGACUGGCAAGCACCCGUUGACGCCGUAUAUCGACCGCAUGUAGUGCAUCAUACCAACCUGCCGGAAGUGAAAUUUGUUACUGCGCGCGGACGCAGCAAACGGUACUUUGCUGCAGAAGAUGUCUUCUGA